ACAAUUUUUUUAACUAAAUUUCGCUAAUAAAUUCAUUCAUUUUCAUUUUCUUUUUCCAAACAAUCUUCUCUCUCUACUUCACAGAAAUUGAAAAAAUCAUUCUUUUAUAAUGUUGGAUUAUUUACCCAAUGAACUUAUUAUUGAAACAUUCACAUAUGUAUUAUAUUCUACAAGUUAUAAAGAACUUGCAAAUUUAAGAAGGACAAACAAACGAUGGAGAGAUUGUAUAAAUUUUGUAAUACGAAAUGAAAUAAUAGCAACAUAUGGAUUAGGAAAGAAAUGGUGGUGUUGGGUUAAAAUAUUGUAUUCUGGCGAAGGGGGAUUUUAUACACAUAAUAAUCCAGUAUCAUUUGAUUGCAUAGAUAAUACAUUUUGUUUUAAAGUAUCAGAAAAAUUAUUUUAUCCCAGAAAAAUUCGAAAAAUUGCGGUAGAAUUUUGUAAUAAUAAAGUUUAUUAUUGUUCAGAAAUUAUUAUUAAAGUAAAUAACAUAAAGAAUAAACAAGUUCAUAAGAAUGAUUCUGGAAGUGUACAUUUUGUUAAUAAUAAAGAGAUUGGAGAGAUUAAAUUGGAUUAUAUUAAGGUCAAAGAUAAUAUUUUGUUUAGUAGAGUUAGAUUAUAAAAUUAUUGUUGUAAAUCACGUGUAUUUUAGUUUAUUAUGUAAAUUCCUCGUGACAAUUGAAUCAAUAUUACGCCUAACUUAGUACCUA